AUGGCUGAAUUGAAAGAAACAGGGCCGCCGCCCGAACUGAGCGACGACAGCGGCACCGUCGAGGCCGGUGCCCCCAUCAACGAGAGGUCGCUCCUGAGAAAGCUCGACCUGAAGCUUCUGCCCGCCGUCGGGGUCCUAUACCUGCUAUCCUUUCUGGAUCGCAGUAAUGUUGGAAAUGCUCGAAUUGAGGGCAUGGUCGACGACCUCAACAUGACUGGUAACCAAUACCUCACCGGUCUCACCCUGUACUUCGUCGGCUAUGUCAUCUUUGAGGGAAUCGGGAAAAUGGCCGGCGUCGUCUGGGACAAUGGUUGGCGCUGGAUAUUCAUCCUCGAAGGUAUCGCGACGGUCGUCAUCGCCUUCGGCGCGUUCUGGUUCAUCCAGAACUACCCGGAGACAUCCGGCUUUCUCAACCCGGCCGAGCGCAGGUUCAUCCACGACCGCCUGACGGCCGACAGCGACGCCAUGCGGCAGGAAAAGUUCACGUGGGCCGCCGUGGGGGAGGCCCUGCGCGACCCGUCCUGCUGGCUGUACGGACUGGGCUUCCACACCAUGAGCCUGCCGCUGUACACGCUGUCGCUGUUCAUGCCGACCAUCAUCAAGGAUCUCGGGUACCAGGCCGCCGUCGCUCAGCUGCUGACGAUCCCGCCCUACGCCGUCUCGUUCGUGACGACGCUCACGGUGGCCGUCUUCUCGGAGCGCACGGGUCAGCGCGCCGUCUUCAUCGCCGGAUCGUCCGUGGUCGGCGCCAUCGGGUACGUCAUCCUGCUGGCCAACACGGACCCGACCGCGCGGCCGGGCGUGUCGUACCUGGGCACCUUCUUCGCCGCGGCCGGUAUCUACCCUGCCACGGCCCUGGUGCUCUCGUGGCCGGCCAUCAACGUGUCCGGUCAGACGAAGCGGGCGAUUGCCAACGCCAUGCAGAUCAGCAUCGGAAACCUGGGUGCUGUCAUGGGGACGCAGCUGUACCGCUCCGACGACGGACCGCGCUUCGUCGUCGGCCAUUCCCUGGCGCUGGCCUAUCUGGUCGCGAACGCCGCCGUGGUCACCGUGCUGGCCUGGCGGUUGAGAAGGCAGAACAAGGAGAGGGAGGCCGUCUCGGAGGAGAUCAAGCAUGUCGGAGAAGUGGAGGAUUGGAAGGGCGACUCCGACCCGCGCUGGCGAUUCGAGUAUUAA